AAUUUUAGUUUACAUAAUACUCCUCGCACUUUAAUCUCUCUUAUAGACCUAUUUUGUCUCUAUGGAUUGACCUGGUUCAUUGCACCAUCAACUUCAAAGGAAGAGGUGCGCAUCUGUCCAAUAUCGAGCGGGUUGAGUUUUAGUAUACAAUCCAGUCUUGGAAGAGACAGCAUUGGUGUCCUAAUUAUGAUCUGAGUAGGCUUUCUCUUUGUAACCUUAUUGAGACUAGCACUGUAGGCUGGAGGUUUUGGGAAUGAUUUCUUAGUACUAUUUGAAGGAAAUAAUGAUACCAUUAUAUUGGGACACCAAAUUCCAAUGUAACAGCAGCAACAUUAUAAUGCAAUGGGCAGUAAUUUUUUUGAUGUUUUUAUA